AUGAAUCGAAUACUCAUUGAUGGGGGAUCUGCUGUCAAUAUCAUGUCCAUACGUGCUAUCAAAGAACUAGGAAUCUCAAGCGAUGAGCUCUUCCAGAACCGCCUCAUGAUCCAAGAAUUUAACCAAGAGAGACAAAGAGCAAUUGGCCUCAUAAGGCUUGAAUUGCUCAUUAGUGAGUUGUCUUCAAGUGCGUUAUUUCAUAUUAUUGACACCAAAACCUCUUAUAACAUGCUCUUGGGAAGACCUUGGAUUCAUGAGAAUGAAAUUAUACCGUCUACUCUUCAUCAAUGUUUCAAGUAUUGUCGAGACGGUAUAGUUAAGAAAGUUGCUGCCAAUGAUAAACCUUUUACUGAGACAGAGACUCACUUUGCUGACGCCAAAUUUUAUCUUCAAAAAGAAGCAAAAAGAAAAGAGUCAGCAAGGGAAGAAGGUCAAGAUUUCAAAGUACCCAUUUUGCGUUAUAUUCCAAGAUCAAAGAAAGAAGAAGGGCAGUCUUCUUGUAUCAGGAAUAACAUAUUAAAUGUUUCACUCACCAAAAUAGAGCCUGUUAAAAGUGAGAAAGCAAGGUUGCAAGGGUUUGUCCGUCUCAAAGAAGAACUGGCAGUGGAACAUUACUCACUACCAACAAAUCGAACUCAAGAAAGUUUUGAUCCAAAUGCAUAUAGACUUCUUGCUAAGGCAAGUUAUAACCCAAAUGAGAAGAAUGCAUUAGGCAAACUCCCUCCUGAAGUGACUGGCGAGAAGACUCACGGAUUGACGCCUACGCAAAAAAUGUUGAAAGAAAGAGGCUAUAACGUUGAAAAUUUAUCGAUGGGUCUUGGUUAUCAACCGUCCUCUGCUGUGCGUAUAAUGAUCAAAAGGGCAAGUUGUAACUACAUGAACGAAGAAAUGGAGGUCACAAAUCGAAAGAGAUUUAUGUUCGAUAGAUUGGGAAAUAAGUCAAAGCGUACUUCUGUGUUUGAUAGACUUGGCCGACAGACGAAAAAUUUGAAACCGCCCGUCUAUGAGAGAUUAGGUAGUAAAAAGCAAGAGUACCAAGUUGUCAAGGAAGAAAUCCUUACUCCAAUAAAGAAGAACGGACCAAGAAAGCAAGGUCAAGAAAGUAUGGCUUCCUAUCAUCAUAUUACGAUCAGUGAUCCUGAAGAAGAAGAAGAAGAAGAUGCGGAUGACGCUCCCCCUGAACUUGAACAAGGAAAAGAGUAUGUUGAUUUGCUGCUCGAGUUCAGGGAUGUAUUUGUCUGGAAUUACUCAGAAAUGCCAGGUUUGGAUCCAAGGAUCGCCGUUCAUAAUUUGUCUGUCAAACGAGGAACAAAACCUGUCAACAUUGUCCCUGUGAGGAAGAAGAAUGGGCAAAUUCGAAUUUGUGUUGAUUUUCGACACUUAAAUGAAACUUGUCAUAAAGAUGAUUUUCCACUCGCCAUCACAGAAUUGACAGUAGAUGCUACAACAGGACAUGGAACACUAUCUUUUCUCGAUGGAUCUUUUGGCUACAAUCAAAUACGCAUAGCAGCCGAAGAUGAGGAGCUCACUGCCUUUCGCACUCCCAAGGGAAUUUAUUGCUACAAGGUGAUGCCGUUUGGCUUGAAAAAUGCUGGAGCAACAUAUCAAAUGGCAAUGCAAAGAAUUUUUGAUGAUAUGCUCCAUAAAAAUGUGGAGUGUUACGUUGAUAAUCUUGUUGUAAAAUCAAAGAAGUGA